AUGGAGGCAAAAUAUAUCACUGUAGAGAAGCCAUAUCAGUGUUCUGAUUGUGGCAAAGCUUUUACAUCGAAGUCAAACUUUUUCAGACACCAGAGGAAUCACACUGGAGAGAAGCCAUAUCAGUGUUCUGAAUGUGAGAAAACUUUUACAGGGAAGUCAGAGCUCAUCAUACACCAGAGGAUUCACACUGGAGAGAAGCCAUAUCAGUGUUCUGAAUGUGAUAAAGCUUUUACACAGAAGAAGUCACAUCUUAUCAGACACCAGAGGAUUCAAACUGGAGAGAAGCCAUAUCGUGUUUUUGAAUGUGACAAAGCUUUUACAGUUAAUGCCUGGCUAAUCUAA